CAGCCGUUCCUUACAUGUUUUCACUGCUGAUGUUGCACAAGAAAUGUGAAUGUUUGAAUUUAGUGUUUACCUGAAUUUUUGUAUUUGCAGCCAGCUUUUAAGUCACCAUGAAGACAAGAUUCGCCACUGUGGAUAUCAGGGCAGUUAUUGCCGAGAUCGAUGCCAACUACAUUGGCAUGAGAGUAAACAACGUGUAUGACAUCGACAAUAAGACGUAUCUCAUCCGGCUGCAAAAGCCUGACAGCAAAGCUGUUCUCCUCAUUGAGUCCGGGACUCGUAUUCACUCUACAGACUUCGAAUGGCCAAAGAACAUGAUGCCUUCGGGCUUUGCAAUGAAAUGUCGAAAACACCUGAAGACACGGCGACUGACCCAGGUUAAGCAGCUCGGAAUUGAUAGGAUUGUGGACAUCCAGUUUGGUUCAGAUGAGGCUGCCUACCACUUGAUUAUUGAACUAUAUGACAGGGGAAACAUCAUACUUGCAGACCAUGAGUACACCAUCCUGAAUCUGCUGCGGUUUCGCACAGCAGAGGUAGAAGAUGUUAAGAUUGCUGUGAGAGAGCGGUACCCUGUGGAGAGCGCCAGACCCCCUGAACCUCUCAUCAGUCUAGAGCGACUCACUGAAAUUAUCAGCAAAGCUCCAAAUGGAGAGCAAGUGAAAAGGGUCUUGAAUCCCCACCUUCCUUAUGGAGCCACUCUGAUAGAACACAGUUUGAUAGAAGCAGGGCUGCUGGGCUCUGCCAAAGUUGACAGCCAAGUUGAUGCUGCCCAAGUCGCACCUAAAAUCCUGGAGGCCAUGCAAAUUGCAGAAACAUACAUGGAAAAAACAGAGAACUUCAGUGGCAAAGGUUACAUCAUUCAAAAGAGUGAGAAGAAACCAAGCUUAACUCCUGGCAAACCGAGUGAAGAACUGCUCACAUAUGAUGAAUUCCAUCCAUUCCUCUUCGCCCAGCAUGCAAAGAGUCCCUAUUUGGAGUUUGAUACUUUUGACAAGGCAGUGGAUGAGUUCUUUUCUAAGAUGGAAAGCCAGAAGAUCGACAUGAAAGCCUUGCAGCAGGAGAAACAGGCUCUGAAGAAGUUGGAAAAUGUGAAGAAGGACCAUGAGCAGAGGCUGGAGGCCUUGCACCAAGCACAGGAGGUGGACAGAAUAAAAGGUGAACUAGUGGAGAUGAACCUGCCUGUGGUGGAGAGGGCAUUGCAGGUGGUGCGCAGUGCACUGGCCAAUCAGGUGGACUGGACUGAGAUUGGCAUUAUCGUCAAAGACGCGCAGGCAGCUGGAGACCCUGUGGCCUGCGCCAUCAAAGAGCUGAAGCUGCAGACUAACCACAUCACCAUGCUUUUAAAGAAUCCAUAUAUUUCUGAGGAAGACCAUGAAGAGGAAGAGAAAGAAGAUGUGGUCGAGGAGAAAGGGAAGAAAAAUAAAAAUAAAGACAAAGGACAGAGCAAGAAGCUGCAAAGAAACAAGCCCAUGUUGGUGGAUGUAGAUCUUGGCCUGUCCGCUUAUGCCAAUGCCAAAAAGUACUAUGACUUCAAACGCAGUGCUGAAAAGAAGGAACAGAAAACCAUUGAAGCAGCAGAUAAGGCCAUGAAAUCUGCAGAGAAAAAAACACAGCAAACACUGAAGGACGUCCAGACAGUGACCACUAUUCAGAAGGCCAGGAAAGUCUACUGGUUUGAGAAGUUCCUCUGGUUCAUCAGCUCAGAGAAUUAUCUCAUCAUUGCAGGAAGGGACCAGCAGCAGAACGAGAUGAUCGUCAAAAGAUACCUCCGGGCGGGUGAUAUCUAUGUUCAUGCUGACCUUCACGGAGCGACUAGUUGUGUCAUCAAAAACCCCUCAGGUGAUCCCAUCCCUCCUCGUACCUUAACAGAGGCCGGCACUAUGUCUGUGUGCUACAGUGCUGCUUGGGACGCCAAGAUCAUCACCAGUGCUUGGUGGGUCCAUCACCAUCAGGUGUCUAAGACAGCUCCCACUGGAGAGUACCUGACCACUGGAAGUUUCAUGAUCAGAGGAAAGAAAAAUUUUCUGCCACCUUCCUACUUGAUUAUGGGCUUUGGAUUCCUCUUCAAGGUAGAUGAACAGAGCGUGUUUCGGCACAAAGGGGAACGAAAAGUGAAGACCGUAGAGGAAGACAUGGAGGAGGUCACAUCCAAAACUGCUGAGCUGUUAGAGGAGGGAGAGGAGCUGAUAGGUGACGACAGCAGUAACGAAGAUCAGAACGAGGAAAGAACAGAAGGAGAUGGACAGAACAAGGAGAUGAAAAAGGAGAUAAAAAAGGAAAACAAAGGGGAGGGGGAUGAUGGCGCAAGCCGAGGAAUGCUGUCAGAGCAGAGCAACAUGGAGGCCGAGGCAGAGGAAGGUGGAGAGGACAGCGGGAUGGAAAAGGACUCGGAGAAUGGAGAGAGUGAAGAAUUCAGCUUUCCAGAUACGACCAUCUCCCUCAGUCAUUUACAGCCCAGCAGAAGUAUUCAGAACCCUGGCUUCAAAAAGGAAACAGCAUCUCAGGCUGAGGUAGACUCACAGGGGAAAAAACACAUGACCGCCAAACAGAGAAGAGAGGAGAAGAAGAAGAAGCAGAAACACGAGGGUUUUGACAUUGAGGAGAAGACUGACAUUUCAUCCAGCGGACCAGCAGCCGAUCAGGGGUCCAAAAGUGGAGGAGGCCCCUCCCAGCAGCCACUGAAGAGAGGUCAAAGGAACAAACUGAAGAAGAUCAAAGAGAAGUACAAAGAUCAGGAUGAAGAGGACAGGGAGCUGAUGAUGCAGCUGCUAGGGUCAGCUGGUCACACGAAGGAUGAGAAGGAUAAGGGGAAGAAAGGAAAGAAAGGCAAAGGUAAAGAUGAACCCGUCAGGAAACCACCCUCCCAGAAACCACCUCAGAAACCCCGUAAUAUGGAAACUGCAGCAAAGAAACCAGAGCGAACAGGAGGAGAGGAGGGUGAGGAGGACAGGCAGCCUGGAGAGGAAGGAGGCGCUGCUGAACCGGAGGACAAGGAGGAUGAUGUGGACCAGGACAACCCUGGAGCAGAGGAAGCAGAGAAUCUGCUCACCUCUUUGACAGGCCAGCCUCAUCCUGAGGAUGUGCUGUUGUUUGCUGUGCCAGUCUGUGCGCCAUACACUGCCCUUUCCAACUACAAACACAAGGUGAAACUGACACCAGGUUCUCAGAAGAAAGGAAAAGCUGCACGCACGGCUGUUUUCAGCUUUAUGAAAGCCAAAGAGGCCUCAACCAGAGAAAAAGACCUGUUCCGCAGUGUCAAGGAUACUGACCUAUCCAGAAACAUGCCAGGGAAAGUUAAAGUGUCUGCUCCAAACCUGCUGGCUGCUAAGAAGAAAUAAGAGACAGGAAGAUGAGGUCUGAUGACACAGGAGUGAACGAGUGCCAAGACCGGCCCACAGGACACUGCUGGGGAACGCUCCUACAGGAAGGCAGGGACAGCCAGACGGGAAUAUUUGAGUGAGAAAAAGACAAUUGAGAAAAUUCUUGAAGAUAGAAGAAACAUGUUCAUAUAGAAAAGUGGAAAGAAGAUUGAAUACUUUUGGCACACAGUUGAGGAUAACACGGCCGAUGCUUGGCCUGCAGACGUGCCAUGAUCAACUUCGUUUUUAACUAUCAUUCUCACAGAGUAUUAGCCAAAUUAUUCAAGUUUAUAACA